AUGUCGUUGCACUUCUCGGCAAGCACCAGAGAUCCUCUGCAGCCCAGACAUUCUGGCUAUCUUACCACUGCGACCACUCAUGGUGAAGCAUUUGUGGCACGAAGUCGAUCUCAGCUCAUCAGACUAGACCCAGGGGAUGUCGACUCAAACACGGCAUCGGCCCGUCUGUUGUGUGUUCUCGCUUUCGCCUUCUUGCGCCAGUACCGCAGGUAUGGCAUCGACACACAGGAGGAGCGAGCCUGGAGAUGGCUCCAUCUACUUCGCGGUGUACGCAUCGUGCAUACCUCACUGCUCAAGCUAGAUCAGGAGGUCAAUUCAAACAUCAAGCAGGACAUGAUGCCAGACCUGUUUCCGUGUACGCGCGCAUGCUCUGCCGGUCCUAUUCGCAGCAGCAAAGGCAAAGUGAUGCUGGCAUACAUCCAGCAAACUCACGCUCAGGGCUUCGAGAUGCUGUAUGCAGCUCUCUACGACGGGACUCUAAACUUCGCGGAGGACGCGAAUCCUGGCGCCCUUGCUGCGAUUCGUUGUCUUGAGCGCAUCACGGAGCAUGUCUGCCGUUGGGAUGAGAUGUCGAGUCUGUUCCGGGCAGUAUGCGAGUGGCCAGGCAAUCUGGCUGAAGACUUUGUCCGACAGCUUACACAGUGUCAUGUUCCUGCGUUGAUUAUCUAUGCGCACUGGCUGAUGCUUGUGACAUUGGCGGAAGAUCUGUGGUGGGUGGGCGAUAUGGGCGCGGCAGGUAUUCGUGCUGUGGCAAAGCUCGUUGCGGGCACAGAUGGGACGCUGCUCGAGCUGCUUCAGCAGCCUCUGCAGCUUCUUGCUCUGGAAGACGCCGGCCAGUGA